GAUGUAGACGUUGAGAAUCGUGGAAAACAAUUAACUCCUCUCUCAACAAGAAGAUCUCGAGCCGGCUUCUCUGAUUCUUUCUCUUCUCAUGAUCUACCAUCACUCUGUCGAGAUGAUGAAAAAAUAACAACAUUCCGCCCCUACAAAUCGGAAUCAGACGAUGACUUUCUAAGGAGCAUAGAAUCCGAAACAUCAGCUUCCGUUGUGAGCACGUCAGAGUCGUCAUCGUCAUCAGAAGCUCAUCAUCAUCAGCAAAACCACCACCAUCAUCAUCAUCAUCAUUCGUCUGUAGGCCCACACAACGGUCACUGGAAAGGCUUCUUUCGUUUGUUCAAGAAAGGAUCAUCCGCGAUGCCAUUCAAUACAUUCGCACCUCUCAAAGGAGUCCCGAAACUGACCAGACGUAAGAGCAAACGCAUAAGAGACAGCAUGGUCCCUGUUAUACCUGCUGCUUCUCUUGACACUGGUGAUUUGUUCUGCUUCAAACCCUCUUGGAGAAACUUCUCUCUCCAAGAUAUUCAAACCGCGACAAAUGGCUUCAGCCGUGAGAAUCUUAUCGGAGAAGGAGGAUAUGCGGAAGUGUAUAAGGGACAGAUGCUAGAUGGGCAAAUAGUGGCGAUAAAGAAACUGACUAGAGGUUCUGCGGAAGAGAUGACGAUGGAUUAUCUGUCCGAACUAGGGAUCAUAGUUCAUGUAGAUCAUCCAAAUAUUGCUAAGCUUAUUGGGUAUUGUGUUGAAGGAGGAAUGCAUCUUGUUCUUGAGCUAUCUCCUAAUGGAAGCCUCGCUUCUUUGCUCUACGAGGCGAAGGAGAAUCUGAGUUGGAGCAUAAGAUACAAAGUGGCAACGGGAACAGCAGAGGGACUCUACUAUCUCCACGAAGGUUGUCAGAGAAGGAUCAUUCAUAAAGACAUUAAAGCCUCUAACAUCCUUCUCACUGAGAACUUUGAGGCUCAGAUAUCUGAUUUUGGGCUAGCGAAAUGGCUACCGGACCAGUGGACUCACCAUACCGUGUCAAAAGUGGAAGGAACAUUCGGUUACCUUCCGCCGGAGUUCUUCAUGCACGGGAUAGUAGACGAGAAAACAGAUGUAUAUGCUUAUGGUGUCCUGCUUCUCGAGCUCAUCACCGGUAAACAAGCCCUCGACAGCUCCCAACACAGCCUUGUCAUGUGGGCCAAGCCAUUGAUCAAAGAGAACAAGAUCAAACAACUUGUUGAUCCGAUUUUGGGAGAUGACUACGACUUAGAAGAGUUGGACCGUCUUGUUGUGGAGAUUCUGAGGGGAGACAAGGGCAGCUUAGAUCAACUAAGAGAACGAGAAAACUCCAAACUUCAGAGGACUUACUCCGAAGAACUAUUGGAUAAUGAAGAAUACAACUCUACAAGAUAUUUGAGCGAUAUUCAUCGACACAUGGAGACCGUUCUCGGAACAUCUAAAGACUCGUGA